AUGCUCUCCCCACCCACAACAGGGUUGCAGCUGGGAGCUGUGCUGGGGCGUGAUGGUGAGGACCGGGUGUGGGGUCCCCAGGGCCACCCGGGCAGCCGUGGCCAGGAUGGGGCACAGGGCGAGCCGGGCCCCAGGGGCGAGCCAGGCGAGAAGGGCACUUGGGGGGAGGGUUUGCACCAGCUCCGCGAGGCGCUGAAGAUUUUAGCGGAGAGGGUUUUAAUCUUGGAAACAAUGAUUGGGCUCUACGGUGAGUAG